CCAGAUCGGCCCCCUGUGUAGACAGAGGAGUACUCUGUUGACACCUCUCGAUAUAUUGGCCGUGAUCAUCGAGAGAUCAAUAAUUCACACCUGACUGUCACACCUGGCACUUGUCAAUUUCUUCAGUAUACGACAGUUUCGGGUAUAUCCACAUGUAAAUCCGUAUUCAAAGUGAAGAGUUCAUCAUAUCAUUACAGACUGUUCUAGGACACAGACAGUAUAUCACGAUGAAAAUCAAGAAGUCCAUCGGGGAAACAUUCCGGAAAAUCACGAAAGCAAGAGGAAACGAGUUGAUGAUAAAGAAAGGGACUGGGAAGCAUGCCACGGAGAGAAAAAACCGCGACCGCCUCAACAGGUGCUUGUCACAGAUGACUGCAGCAUUGACCGGUGCCACAACAAAAGAGCAGACACCAACAGUCAUUCUAAAAGAAAGUUCCGUGAAUCUUUUUCAAACCAGAAAAUCUAUUGAUGCUCAAAGAAUUGAUUUGAAAACAGAUAAAGCACCAAAGGUACAAGUACAGCCACGCGGAAUGAAGGUAAUCUUCAAAAGCCUCAAGAACCUAAGAAGCAGAUCCAACAUCAAGGGCUGUUCAAACAAAAACCUACAGAGACUACCACAACAGGAGCCCAGCAGAGAGUCGAGGGGCUCAUAUACCCCGCCAAUAAAUGACCUGCGCGCCGAACCCACCAGAAAGAUGCCUCAGAGAAGGCUGUUCAGUCGAGCGCGCUCCAACCUGGACAGCUCCGUUCUUAGUUCCCGACAAUAUUCAAUGUCCACCGUAAUGUGCCCAGACACGACCCUUUACAGUCACCCACAUCCAGUCUUCCUGGAGUCUGACGCCGACAUCUCCCUCCCUCGCCUCUCUUCCACCCCUCUGACCACCAAGAUCGGAAGUCCUCGCUUCGCGUCCACGCCGACAUCAGACCAACACGCCAGCAUCAUCUCCAGAAUUGAUCACGUGAUCGAGUCCUCGGCCAAUCAGUGCUCGAAAAUAUUUGAAACUGGACACAGUGUUGAUCUGAAGAUGGCAUUGGAGCCUCUUUUCAAAGAGAGUUGUGAGGCGGCAGAGGGAAUGUGGCGUCCAUGGUUAUGAUGAAUUUGAAUAAUUUAAAUGAUUAGUGCUAAUGAAGACAUGAGUGUCAAUGAUUUGUAUAUGAUUUUACUUAAUUUAAUUAUUCUAAUAAAUAAA